AUGCAGGCGUGUUCUGUCAUCCUCCUGUGCGUCUUGAGCGUCUGCACGGGCUUCGAACUGCUGCCGGAGGAGGCUGCCCCCCGGAGAGCGCGUUUCUCCUCCAACAGCCCGACGGAUGUGGCCAGAUGUUUGAAUGGCGCUGUGGGUGUUGGGUGUGGGUUUUUCUCCUGUCUUGAAAACUCCACCUGUGACACUGACGGCAUGCAUGAAAUAUGUGAGCUGUUCCUCCACACAGCCGCUACCUUCAACACAGAGGGCAAGACAUUUGUGAAGAAAAGCCUGCACUGCAUCAUCCAAGGAAUCAAUUCCAAAGUUUUCCAGACCAUUCGCCGCUGCAACAUCUUCCAAAGAAUGAUUGCAGAGGUGCAGGAAGAGUGUUACAACACUCUGGACAUAUGCACGGUGGCUCGCACAAAUCCUGAGGCUAUCGGAGAGGUCGUACAGGUGCCGGCUCACUUCCCAAACAGGUAUUACACUGUUCUGCUGCAGACUCUCCAGGCAUGUGAUGAACCCACAGUGGACACUGUGAGGGCUGGACUCAUGUCCCGGUUAGGUCCAGACAUGGAGACCUUCCUGCAGCUGGUGCAGCCCAAGCCCUGUCCCUCUGGCUCUAACUCUGCUGCCUUCAACGACCCGUCCAGCUGGAAGAACAUGCCUGUGUUCAACAUUCAGCCUGGCUUCAGAGGGCGAGACCCCACUCACCUGUUUGCCAGGAAGAGGUCUUUGGACGACAGCGAGGCUCCAGAACAGAACUAA